AAACAUAUCUUCUAGGGCUGUGAUUAAGGAAUUUCUUCUUGAUAAUGGAAUCAGUAGCAAUGAUAUUCUUGAUGAUGAAGAUAAAGUUGGAGCAAACUGUAUUAGCUGGUUUACUGAUGAAGAUGAAAUAAGAAUUAGGAACAAGUUGUAUAAUAAAUUUGUUCAACUUCUAGAAAGUGGUGAGGUUCGCAAUCAACUUACUUCUAAGCUAUCAGAGCUAGUGAUGCCAACUUCUCAGCAAUUUGGUGAAACACUUGUUGCUUGUAGGAAUGAAGGAUUAAUGAGGCUUGAGCUUACUGUUCACUCUCCUGAGUUGAAAGAAGUAGAAUGGAACACAAACUUAAUUGCUAGUACACUGGAGUUUCUUAGUGAUUGUAGGACAUUUGCAACAUCUUAUGAAAAGCAAUGGAUGGCACUAGUUGAUCAGAUUCAUAACAAACAUACAUUGUGUAUUUACUUUCAUAAAGAACAUGCUCUUGCUUAUUGCCAUUGGUUCAAUCAGGACAACUAAGAAGAAACAAGGAAUAGCUAAAAAGUUGAAAGAGAAUGAAGAUAUGAUGACUGUUGUUUCUAAUCUUACAUUUAAUGGACACCCAACUCUUCUUCUUACAUAUGCUACCAGUAGUGGUCCUCUUGAAUCUGAAGUUGUUCUGAGAAGAGAUAUCACAAACAUCACUAUUGUUCCUAGUCAGAAAAAUUCUUUCUGGCCUGUUGUUUCAAGAGAAAGGCAACAACACACAUUUGCUGAAAUGGGACUUGUUAACUAUCGUGGAAUGCAUAUUGAUUGGUUAACAGCUCAAGCAAGCAAGAGAGAAAGUUAGGUCUUUCAACUCUCUCAAGUGUUAGUGAGGAUACUGAUGACCUAGGAAUAGAUAAUCUUAUUGCUGAUAUUAGCAACAUUGAACUUGAUGAUCUAGAACCCACAUAUAUAAGAGAAAAUACUGAUCUUAGGCCAGCUAGAUAUAAAGUUG